ACAAGGAAAGGGCACCACUUGCCAUGCUAGGUAAGGCGCCAUUAGUGGGGCUAGCGAGGCCCGGUGCGACGUCGGUGGUAUGAAUCAGGAGGAUGAGGGACACAAGAGUUGCGCAUGAAUCAACCCUGUGCGGUACCGUCACGCAAACCCUGUCCAACGACAUCUUAGCGAGAAGCAAAAAGCAACACGAGGCGACGGGAUGCGAAGACACGCAGGAUAAUUCCAUUCGGCCAACGUUUAACGUUUUGCAAUUCACCGAUCGGGUGUUGCGGUACAUGUACAUAGUUCUCGCCUUCCCCUGCUCAGCUCAUCUUGUCCUUGUUUGCCACGGGCAGCUGACUCGACUUCUUCGGCGGAAGGCAGCAUCCGUGCCUAACGCCGACAACUCCGCUGGACCAUCGCGGCUACACAAAUAAUAGCAUUAAAAGAGUUAUUACAAGGUCAUGGGUGCUGCGGCACGGAAGAAAGCUUGAGACAGCGGUUUGUCUUGUGUCAUGUCAUCGAAACAUAUACUGCGAGGCUUCAAGGUCACGGCUUGCCUUGAGACUCGAGCAUGUAAGGUAUGGUCUGGAUGUUUCGGAUGUUGGUACGGCACUCCUGCACGCAG